AAAUGAGGUCUACAAGCCUUCUUAUCUUAUUAUUCUGCAUUUUAGCUACCGUAUUUAGUGCUCCAAAGGCUCCGGAGCGAGGCCAGUUGGCUCAAGCUGAGCAAGUGCAGGGACCUUAUGAUGUAGAGCUUGAUGGAGCUGAUGACGCACCUCACGAUCGAUCCAAACGAUGGGGAGGCUGGGGAUGGGGCCGCCCGAUGUGGGGAGGCGGUUGGGGGCGCCGCGGAUGGGGUGGCGGCUGGGGACGUCGUGGAUGGGGUGGUUACGGUGGAUACGGUGGAUAUGGAUGGGGACGUUAAGCAACCCGCAUCAAUCGAUAAUUUACUCUUAAUUUUGCAAUUAUUUAUCGCAAAAAAAUUAUUAUAAUUUUGUUUCUAUUCUAAUCCAAUUUGUUGUAUCAACAUGAUUUUUUUCGAAACUUUUCAUGAAAAAAAAACUUAUAAAUAAACUUGUCUAUAAUUU